AUGCGCGCUACUCGCACUCCGACAGCGGUGGAGUCUGGUGGUGGAGGGCUGCUGCGGCCUUUGUCGUAUGUGGAUAACUUCCCUGUUGAAUUCUCCAGGAUGGAAACUGAAGACUACAAACCAUACAAUGCCACCCCUUACUACUGCAAUAUUUGCAAAAUCUAUUGUGCAUCUCCUGUAAACCUGCAAACCCAUUUCCUUGGUUACAAACACAAAGCGGUUGAAGAAGCUCUGAAAGCCCAUGGCAUUGUUAAGCCUCUGAGUGCUUCAGGGGAACCAAUCAGACCACCAGAAAGCCUUCCAGAUUACAUUCAAACUGAGCCUGAAAGAGAUUUAGGAAAAACUUUGGAAGAGCAACUUAAUUCAUGUAAAUAUACUGAACCUGCUAUUGGUCUCCAAUAUGUAACUGAAUACAAGUCAAAAGAGAACCUAAUUUAUGAGUGUAAUCUGUGUGGCUGUCAAUCGGGGCUAACUAACAUGUUCAUGCAUGUUUUGGGUGUUAAACACAGACUGGCAUAUCUGAAAAGACAUUACCCUGAAAUGGCUGAUGUUAAAGGUCGAGGUUCAAAUUUGAAUAAAAAGCUUAAAGAGAUUGCUAAAAAAGUUGAACAGGAUGAAGGAAGAAAAAAAAUAAUGGUUACGAUGGAUUUCCCUGGUCCGAAAGAUGACAGAUAUGCAGUUCAGGUCACAGAUUCUCUUGUCACUUGGUUUUCUGAAGAUGAUGUAGGUAUAGAAGAAAAGAAAAAAGAAGACGCUAAAAAGGAUAAUGCUGAAGGUGCCAAGAAAGCUGAAGAAACCAGGAAGGAUGCGAAUGCUCAGUGUGAUGAUGGCAGCAGACUUAAAAACAAUGAGCAACAGAAUCAGAACACAGAGCAACUAGAAAAUGCAUUGUUAAGUGACUCAGAUUCAGAAGAAUUCACUAACAAUGAAGAGCUACUAAAAUACUUGAAAACCUUUGAAAUAGUGGAUGAAGAAGAUGCUUCCUUUAUACUGAAAGUUACCCAGAAACUUACGAAUUCGUUGGUGUCAUAUCGUCAGAAGGUUUCAGAAAGAAAUAACUCUUCUGAGCUGAAUCCAAAUGAAAGAGUUGAUCAAUCCAAGCAGUCAAUGAUGACCUUUGUGAAAAUUGAUGAAUAUAACACGGAAAAACACCCUCCCGUUAAACAUUCCUGUGAAGAUAAGGUAACAAAGAUGAAUAUCAAUCCACCAUUUAAGCGAAAAGCAUCACAGCUGAACGCAAAUGACAAUGCUAAAAAUAAAAAACUUGGGACUUUUGUGUCCACGUUUCAAGAAGUACCUAGUGAAGAUGUCUUUUCAGAUGUGGAAAUACAAGAUACCCCCUCUUCUGAGGAGUGCUUACCAAAUCCUCCAUCAGACAAAAGCUCUUCUUCUCAAAAUCAGCCAGAUGCACCCAGUACCAGUCUCCCUGGCCCAUCGAUUUCUGAAAAUGAUGUCAUUUCAAGGUUUUUCAGCAGUAUAAGAAAUAUGAGCAUUGAUGACAUUGCUGCCACUUUACACAAGAUAUCUGCCUCAAACCCAUCAUUCCAUGGAUUGGAUGUUCAAAAUGUGAUAAAGAUCCUAACUGAGAGUGGGACCCUUAAAGAAGAUGACCAGCGCAAGUUGAAGAAAUAGCAAUAUGUGUUAUUGUUUUUGGUUUAUACUGGCUGCAAUUUGUACUCAAAAUUGUUGACAACACUUCAAAUUCAAAGUAUUUUUCUUUUCUCCUCUGAAUAGCAAUUUCUAUUCCUCUUUAAAGAUAGGAAAAAAUGUUUACUUUGUUUUUCUAAACAAUGUAUAUAGUGAUUAACUCCGAUUUACUAUUAUAAUGUGACCUGUAAAGCAGUUAUCAGUUUCUUGUUGCAUUUUCAUUUUCAUGUUUGUGUUUUGUUUUUAAAAAAAUGGGUUUACUUUUCUGUUGUGGGCAUUUAAUUUUUGUUAGAAGUCCCAAAGAUGGGAUACAAAUGUUUUAAUAAAUUAACCUCUGCUUUUCAUAACAUAACUUAGUCAAUAUCCUGUACUUAUCUAGCAGGUCCAUACCAACUUAGUACCAAAGUAUAAAGAACAUUAAGGGUGUAAUCCUAUGUAUGUUUAGAUUUUAAAAAAAGGUUCUAGAGUACCCAGGAUUCCCCAGGCUGGGGAAUGUUGGCAGUUGUGUCUAAACAUGCAUAGGCUAAUGCCCUAAGAAUACAAACCUUCACAUGUCUACUCAGAGCUACGUCUCAUCAAGUUCAGAUGUAAUUACUCCCAGGUACAUGUGUAUAGGAUUUCAACUUAACUGAACAUUCAAAGCAAGAAAUGCAACACAUCUGUUAUUGCAGGUAUGGGGAACCUCUGACUCUUGGGCCCCCACAAGGGUUCCAUAUCCAGCCUGCCAGCUUCUUCCCCAAGCCCCACUCCCUCUCUCCAGGCAAAGAGAA